AUUCCCAAAAUCAUAUUUGGUUGGGCUCUUUAGUAAUUGAAAUUGGGCCUAAAGAGGCCUAAAAGUAUGAUGUUUGACUAAGUCAACUAGGUUAAAAAAAAAUAACAAAAAGUACAUAAAAGUUUUCCUUCUUCAACCGCCACCGCCACCGCGUGCGUCUCUUCGCCCGUCUCUUCACACCAGCGCCGCCGCAACCUCCUCUACCGGACGACGACGACGACUGCCGCCGAACGAUGCCGGAUGAGUUGUUGAGGAUAUGAGGUUUUCCCCCUUUUUUGGAUAAGAAACAGUUCAUUGCUGAAUGAUAUAUCAAAAGCAGGAGAGGGCCAUGAUAGAUACAUAGAAACCUGAAAAAAGAGGAGGGGGAGCCCAUGCAUAAAGGAUUGAUGAAUGGGUAGAUCCUUAGGAUCCUUGGGAAGAAGCUUUGGCUGGCUAUUGAGGAAUGUAUUUCAGCAAUUAAUUGCCUUUUAGGCGAUGGGGAGUAGUGAUGGAGGUGGAGAAGAUCUGUGCAAGCAAAUGACGGAGCUGAGCAAAACCCUAAAAGAAGGAGAAAGGAUUCUAGCACCAACAAGGCGACCCGAUGGUACUCUUCGAAAACCCAUUCGGAUUAGGGCCGGCUAUGUUCCACAAGAAGAAGUCGCAAUUUACCAGUCCAAAGGGGCUCUGUGGAAAAAGGAGAUGGCAUCGCACGAUGGACCUCCUGGCUAUGAACCUCCGACAACAGAUGUAAAAACCAAGACCAAGUCAGCUAAGCGAAAUGAGAGAAAGAAAGAGAAGCGACUGCAGGCAGCUCAUGAGAAGGACAAAGUCUUGGAACAAGUGGUUGUUGAAGAGAUCACUGAAGCGAAGGAAGCAUAUGUAGAUAAUAGGUUGGAACCCAUCCAGUCAUUAAGUUCCCAGAUGAAUGAACUUUCUGUUUCUACCAAUCUGAAAGUUGAAAGCCCUUCUUCUGAGCCAAUUGAUGAUCCACAGUUACCUUCCAGUGACCUUGACAAGAGAAUUAGAGCAACUAAAAAGAAGAUUCGAAUGGCAGAAGCUCAGUUGCAAAAAACACCACUUCAAGAUAUGAAGCCAGAGCAGGCGAACAAGUUAUCGAAACUAGAAACUUGGCGCUCCGAACUAAUGCUUCUAGAAGAACAAAGGCUAAAACUAAAUUCUUCAUCAUGAAUGAGAAUGACUGCAGGCACAGCAUCAUUGUUCACUUUUAUUUUUCCUUUAUGAUGAGAGAAAAAGAGACCAGAAUUGCUGCAACAACCAAAAGGACUUCGAUUUGCUUUUUCGAAAAUCUAAUCAUCUGUAAAACUCUACUCGUGUGUAAUUGCAUUUUAUUCAAACGUUUUAGCAACUCCUUGAAACUGUAGAUAGUUUUGGAGACAUUGAUUUUCUUUUGCCUCUAAACAUAUGAUUUAUUUAUGUGAUUUCCAAUCAUAACGAUGAACCAAAUACUUUGGCUUAUCAAAUUUAGAAAAAUAUCAAUGAAUUUUGUUUUAUUAUUUUA